AAAUUCACACUCUCAAUCUAGGGCUACAGAUACACACACACACUACCUACUAUAUAUACAUCCAUCGACAUAACCCGAAAGCCCUAGCGGCCACAGAUCGAACCCAAGCUUUCUUGCCGAUAACUCGAUAAGGGAUCCUGCGACUCCAAGCUCCAACCAUGGCUGACGUUGAGACCGAUGUGGCGUUACCGGGGCAGCCGAAGAAGAGGACGUUCAAGAAGUUCAGCUUCAGAGGGGUUGAUUUGGACGCUCUCCUUGACAUGUCUACCGAUGAGCUCGUUAAGCUUUUCCAUGCCCGUGCUCGCAGAAGGUUUCAGAGGGGAUUGAAGCGGAAGCCAAUGGCCCUGAUUAAGAAGCUUCGCAAAGCGAAAAGGGAGGCCCCACCUGGUGAGAAGCCAGAACCUGUCCGAACCCACCUCCGCAACAUGAUCAUAGUACCCGAAAUGAUUGGAAGCAUUAUUGGGGUCUACAAUGGCAAGACCUUCAAUCAAGUUGAAAUCAAGCCUGAAAUGAUUGGGCAUUACCUGGCCGAAUUCUCAAUCAGCUAUAAGCCUGUCAAGCAUGGUAGACCUGGUAUUGGUGCCACCCAUUCUUCAAGGUUCAUUCCUCUGAAGUGAAAUCAUCACAAGAGGCCGGUAUUUUUAGACUUGUUGUCAAAGAACCUCCGUGAUGAUCAAAUUUUUGUUUGUUACUCAAUCUGGGUUUUAAUGUUUCCAUGUUUUGUUGAAUCCUUUAAUUGGAUAAAGGAACUUCAGUUUAUAGUCA